UCAAGUUCUCUCUCUUACGUUCAGAGAUGAAUUUCGGAGACAAGGACUUUUAUCUCCCAAAAAUUGCGCCGUGGGUUCCUGGGCCGCCUCUGAUGAGGCACACGACCGGUCCACCACCCGCGAAACCUGCUGCUGCAAAAACCACCGGCAGCAGGUUUCGCCGACUGAAGGGUCUAGAGCCAGCAUGGAGCGAGGCCUUGGGGAACUCCUCCUUUGGAGAGUUACCUUCACGGCCCCUCCAACUCCAGUUCCAACCAACUCCUCCACCUGAGCCUCUGCCUGUCGCUGCUACCGUUCCAGUGGUGGUGAAUAAGCUGACAGCCUACAAUUCACCAGGAAGCAGAAUACCAAUUCUAGACAGGCGGAGGAACCUGAGGCCAUUACCAAAAUGGCCGCCCACAGCAAGAAGGACGAAGCAGGUCAGGUGGAGCGAGUACGCAGGAAGAAGCCCAGUAACAUCAGGGCAGCUCCUCAGGCCGUUGGGAAAGGUCAGGGAGUGGAGCAGCCACUGGUGCCGCCAUCCCUGACCAGCGAGGAUCCCCUCAACAGGCCUGAGGAAGCUCUCGGCCAGGCACUGUGCCUCCUGCAGGAUGAGGAAUGGGAAAGGAAGACCGAGGGACUACGGCUUGUGCGAGCUCUGGCUGAACACCACGCUGAGGUGCUGCUGCCAGAGCUCCACUACGUCACCACAGCCGUCAUCGCGGAGGUUAAAAACCUCCGCAGCAUAGUCUCUCGGGACGCUAUUACAACCAUGGCUCACCUGUUCACUCACCUGCAGAGGGAAAUGGACAGUGAGGUAGAGGGCGCUGCUCGCACCCUCCUUCACAAGGCUGGGGAGACCAGCCUUUUUAUAAGGCAGGGUGUGGAGCUAGCCCUCGGCACUUUAGUGCACCACUGUUCACCUGGCCGAGUCCUGCAGGGAUUGCUGGCUGGUGGACUGAGGCACAGAAACCCGGUCUGCAGGGCCGCCACCUCGCAGAGCCUGUUGAUGCUCCUGCAGGUGGUCGGGGUUUCCCAUGUGCUGACUGGCAAGAAAACGUUUGCGAGUGAAAUCAUUCCUGCCGUCAGCACACUGGCUUUCGACGCAGCCCAGGAAGUGAGGACCCACGCCCGAGCCGCUUUGCGGUAUCUGGGCAGCCAUAAAAAGGCUGAGAGCGCGGUGGAGAAGUUUGUUCAUUUAAAAGACCAAUCAGCAAGAAGCUCACAGACUCAGAGCUGUUCACAGUGGUGGAGAACAGGAACCACAUCUGAAGAGGUGGAUGAGGCAGCGGCUCCACCUUCCUCUUGCAAGAGGCUCUUUCUUAGAGUCCUGGUAAGUGAGGUAACCCAGUUUCUGGGCGUCCUCUGGGGAGGUGGGGUCUCUGCUCGGUGGGAAACGCACCGGCCCUGUGGCAUCGGGACUUCCCAGUCAACCAGCUGGGAAUGUCCCGCCCCCAAACAAGCCCUGCAAAGCUUGUGA